CACAUGCACUCACACUGGUGCCACCACCACCUCUGCCUUGGGCCUCUGUGUCCUUGAGCAGAUAUGUGGUGGUGGACCAGAGAAGCAUUUCUUUCCAGCAAGGCAAAAGGCAUGCACUCACUGCACACACACACACACACACGAAGAGGUGAAGACGAGAAGAGGCAACUUCUAGAACCAGCAGCAGCAGCACCUCUGCUGACUGGAAGAAUUGCAGCCACAACCACAAACCACUGCUUAGUAACAAGCCUUUCAGGGGAGGACUUCGUUCUAAUAUUUGAACAUCAUGAUGCCACGGAAGAAGGAGAGUGGAGCUGAAGGACGGAAGAGGCGGAAGUUGGAGGCGGAGGAAGCCAAGAGGUCGAGCAGGUUCUUCCUGCUCUUCUUUACAAGGGCUGGAACAAGUAGCUCCACACCACCUUCCACAGAGUCGCCAGCACCUGCUCCAGUGUUUUCGGAAUCCGAAGGUGGAUCAAGUGCACAUCUGCCACAAGUGGAGGAGGCAGUCCAGUCAGAUUAAGAGGCUGCCACAGAGAGUGUGGACAUGACAGGAGGAGAAGCUGGUGGUGAUGUCGAGUCUGCUGAUGAGACUGAACCCGAGGAGGACACUAUGCACAGUGAACUGGAUGCUGCCAAAGAGCCUCCAACUGUUAGGCUGGAAGUGAUUGAACAGCGUGACAUUGGAGUUCUGCAGUUUGACAAGGAUACUGGAAGACCAGUUCUGCCUGACACGCUGAGAACAGAAAUAAUAAAGCUGGGUUCAAAGUAUUUCCAGAACACCGAGGGGCCUUUCCUACCAACAAAUAACCGUGCAAUGAACAAGACUUGGUUCAGGAAGAGAUUGGGAAGUGGUCGUGGUGAGGAGGUGACUCGUACAUGGCUGAUCUAUUCCCCUUCUAAGAAGUCUGCAUUUUGCUUCUGCUGCCUUCUCUUUUCCCAGUCAGACCAUCCAUCAACAUUGGAGCAGGAAAGUGGAUUCAACCACUGGAAAGCACCUGAAAGGAUUUGUGUUCAUGAGAAUGCCAAGAAUCAUCGGGAGUGCUUCACACAGUGGAUAGAAAUGGAAAGAAAUGUAGCUGGAAACAGAGGACUCAUUGACACGGAACUUCGGUCACAGAUUGAGAAGGAGAAGUAGAGGUGGCGCGAUAUCUUGGCUAGAAUACUUAACUGCAUCAAAUGUCUUGCAACUCAGAAUCUGGCUUUGCGAGGACACAGGGAGUCACUUCAGCUAGACAAGGAUGACUCCAAUGUAGGAAAUUUCCUUGGCUUAGUAAAACUAAUGGCUACCUGUGACCCAGUCAUGAAAGAACACCUGACCCAGGUGGAAAGUCAUCCUGGAUCCACCUCUUAUCUCUCACCGGCAGUCCAGAAUGAAUUCAUCCACCUGAUGGCAUCCGCUGUUCGCCAGAGUCUACUGAGAGGCAUUCGUAAAGCCAGAUACUAUGGCCUUAUGUUCGACUCGACUCCUGACCUGGCACACCGUGAGCAGAUGUCACAAGUAGUUAGAUACAUAGAAUUUGAUUAUGAGAGGAAAACAGUCCAUGUGAGAGAGUCCUUCCUUGGAUUUAUCCAGUUAAGCCUGAAAGAUGCUGAGAGCUUGACUGAAGACAUCUUGAAAAGGUUAGAGAAGGACGGAAUGGAGCUACAAGAUUGUUGGUCACAGUGCUGUGACAACGAUGCUGUGAUGGCUGGACACAGAAGUGGUGUUUCCCAAAGGAUACAUGAGAAAAACAACCUGGCAGUGUUUGUGAAUUGCGACAAUCACUCACUCAACUUGGUGGGUGUGUUUUUCUCUCGCUCAGUACAGCGCUGGGAAAAACUCAGAAACGCCGUGCCUGUGUCUGUUAAGUCAGAGUCUGAAACCAGGUGGAGUUCAAGGACGGAAGCAGUGAAGCCAGUCAACAACCACCUGGAGGAGAUACUUCAAGUUCUUCAGGACAUGAUAGAUGAUGAAGACGAGAACCUUGAAACCAGAAGUGAUGCAAGGCAGCUGUGCAACCGCUUGUUGACUUAUGAUUUUCUGACUCUACUAGGAUUUUAAUCAUAAAUCUAGAAAACUAGAACAAUAAACAAUGAUCAAACAGAUAAUUCUACA